AGCACGACCGCGCCAGGGUGGUGUUUCUACGUGGCUCUCAUUUCCAUCAGUCUCGUCCGUCGCAUUCACUAAAUCAGUUGUGCUCAUUGUCUACAUGUGUUCAAACUCCUGUGGGCUCUUCUUCCUGUACUCUCACCGGUGAGCUGGCCUCAGCCUUGCUCUCCACCCUUACCCGCCCGCUCGACGACAUCCCCGCCCGUUCCCAGAUAGGCACUCUAUUUUACCACUACACCCAAUUCGCCGUCCGCCGAUUGGGCACUCAAAACCAUGGCGACCCGUUUGCCCAUCCGACAAACAGAAGUCAUCGUGUUGUCUGAUGAUUCCGAGUCAGAGAGCGACUCCGUGCAGCAAAACGAGCAGCCUCACCGACACACACCACAACAGGGCCGCGACUUCUUCACAGACAUAGUUGGUAUCACCGACGAUGACUUUGCAGCGGUGCUUGCAGAGGCAGACAGUGUGCAGUUUCUGGACGCCCGCCCUGUAUCCCAACCUCCCGCUCCGUUCACAGAGGACGACGCGCUUCAAAAGAUUCUCGAAAUAUUCCCCGACAUCGCGCACGACCAUGUCCUCAAUCUCUAUAGAGAAGGUCUACAUGAUGGCGCGCUCGGCUCAGUAUGGUGCGAUCAAUUGAUUACCCGGCUUGUCGACUCUGGCUCAUAUCCCAAGGAGAGCGAACGCCGCAAAGACCUGAAGCGGAAGCGCACGGACACCGAAGACGACGAGGAUGCUAUCAGAAGGUUUGAGAAGAUGGAGAGACACAACGCCGGCCGUCUCUACUCUCAACUUGCACUCAAGUUCCUUGGAAACGAAUUUCCUAGCGUACCCGUCAAGCACAUCGAGGCCACUCUUCGCACCAACGGCACUCUCUUCAAAGCUUUCUUAACAUUGGAGCGGCAAUUGCGCGAAUACGACCCGGACACGCAUAAUCUCUUUACCAAAGUUCGGCCACGCGUUAUGACAAAAUCGAACGACGUUAUCGGAGAUCCGUCGAUGGACUACCUCAGGAUAGACCUCAAAAUGGAACUGGAUGCCGCUCGGAAGAAGCGUCAGAAGGAUGAAGCCAAACGACGGGCAGAGGCAGAGCUAGCCCUUGAAAUGACGAGAGCAAAGCUCGAGGGGAGACUCGUUGCAUGCGCUUGUUGCUGUGAAGAAUUUCCACUGCAUCGUAUGACUGAAUGCGAGGCGGACACCCCCCAUCUCUUCUGCUUAGAAUGUGCUCGCACACUGAUCCACCACCUCAUAGGCGACGGCAAAUGCCGUCCGAUAUGUAUGUCAACCGAAGGCUGCAGUGCUGGAUUCGCGCGUCAACAACUGCAGCUAUUUUUGGACCAAGUUACCUUCGACAAACUUGAAAGCAUGCAACAGCGAGAGGAUAUACAAGCAGCCGACAUCGAAGGCCUCGUUGAAUGUCCGUUCUGCGACUUCAGGGCGGAGUGUCCGCCCGUUGAGAUUGACAGAGAAUUUCGGUGUCGCAAUCCAGGUUGCGAGAAAGUGAGCUGUCGCUUGUGCCGAGCAGAGACCCAUAUCCCCCAGAGUUGCGAGGAGUAUGCCAAAGAGAACAAACUCAGCGUGCGACAUGCCGUGGAGGAGGCCAUGACGAAUGCUUUAAUCAGGGUCUGCAAUAAAUGUAAACACCCUUUCAUCAAGGACUUUGGUUGCAACAAAAUGGUUUGCACCCGCUGUGGCAAUAAGCAAUGCUAUGUCUGCUCGAAGACAGUCGUGGACUACAACCACUUCAAAGAAGACGGUCCGUGCCCUCUUCACGACAACACAGACGCACGUCAUACCGAAGAUGUCAAGAAGGCGGAAGCAGAGGCCCUUGCGAAGGUUCAAGCUGAGAAUCCAGACCUUACGGAGGAGGAUUUGAAGGUCAAAGUUUCCGACAGAGUCAGGGUGGAGGAGGAAGCUCGCGCUCAACGAGCGCAGGUGGCCAUAGCAGGUGGUCGGCCGGGUAUAAAUGUUGGGCAUAUACACCCACAUCGCCCUCAAGGGCUCGGGCUUGGACAUGUACACCCUCAAGGGCUCUAUGCACAGGGCGAACGCGCACAAGUCGAAGCCCUUGUGGAUGCUCAUAUUCGUCGACGAGAACCUUUUCCCCGCUACGUUCCGCCUCCAGGUUUAAGGCCUCCGAAUCCUCCAGCUCCGCGUGUUGCUAUGCAACAACGGGAAUGGGAGAAUCAUAACCUGGGCUUCCCACUACCACCCGGGUUUGGGAUGAUGGCGCCGCUACCACAUGGAGCGCCAGCCGCGCCACCACCAGUUCCGCAUCAACAUCCCGUUAUACCUAGACAGCGAGACCGGCGCUUGAACCCGGAGGCAGAGGCCCUCCGGAUGAGACAGUUUGACGUCGAAGUUGAGGCGGUUGAGGCAGCGAGACGUGAGUUAAAUGAACAGAGGAAUCUUCAGAGAGGAGUCCUAGAUUGGUUUCAAAGAGGGUAAGGUCGAGGUCAAGGAGUGGGGCGACACAUUCAUUCUACUGUCAAGUCAAUGCAAUUAUCUGCAGUGAUCAUUGAGCUACACAGGAAAGGGCUCGACUUUAAGGUUUCUCCUUGGGGGUUUCUCCUUGUACAAAAUGGCUACACUUCUAGCACAUUAGCGGCAUACCUUUUUCCAUUGGUCAGUCAAGACUACACCUCUAGGGAAUCAAGUUUGGCUUCUGGAAUCUUUUUGGCAGCAGUCUGCAGCAGCUCAUAUCCUCCGCCGUCUCUCGGCUAUAAUGCGGUUCUUUAAGAGAUACCUCGAAGGAUUUGAGAAUGAUCAAGUUCUUUACUUGUGGUCUGUGGCUGUGAUUUACUACGCGUGAUGAAGACUAACUGCCUGGCACCUGCAUAUAAAGUAAAUUGCAUACACUUUCUCGCU